GGAGGCUUUUCGCGGAACUCCUGCCCUAGCGACGCGCGCCUCGUUGCUAGGGGCGGUGGCAUGGGAGGCUGUGGAGCGUGGUGGUUGCUGACUCCCUCCACUCGGCGCCCCUGCCGGCCCCAGCUCCCGGCCCGGCCAGCCGGCUGAUGGAGAUUAGGAAGUGGCUGCCUGCACUAUUUUCCAAAGGAUAAAUGUUACAAAGCAUUGAAUACGGCAGCUCACCCAGAAAAUCCUACUGGUUUGGGGCAGGGGACACAUCUUCCAGCAGCCACAAGAGAUGCUGCUGCCCUGGUCUCCUCCCUGCAAGGUUUUGUGUAGAUCCUGUGCAGUGAUGGGGAAACUGCAAAGCAAACUCAAACAUAGCACUUACAAGUACAGCAGGCCCGACGGAAUUCUAGAAGAGAGAAUUCAAACUAAAGCUUGUCAGGAGUAUAGCCCAGCCCACGUGGAUACUGUGUCUGUCGUUGCUGCUCUGAGCUCAGACCUGUGUGUCUCUGGAGGAAAAGAUAAGACAGCCGUGGCCUACGACUGGAAAACCGGAAAUGUGGUGAGACGUUUCAGAGGACACGAACGAGAAAUCACUAAGAUAGCCUGUGUGCACAGAUCGAGCCAGUUCUUCAGCGCCUCUCGUGACAGGAUGGUCAUGAUGUGGGACUUGCACGGCCCCUCGCAACCAAGGCAGCAGUUCUCUGGCCACGCCAUGGUGGUCACUGGAUUGGCCGUGAGUCCAGACUCUUCACAGCUGUGUACUGGCUCUCGGGACAACACCCUGCUUCUGUGGGACGUUGGGACCGGCCAGUGUGCAGAGACAGCUUCCAUCUCCAGGAACCUGGUCACUCACUUGUGCUGGGUCCCCCAGGAACCAUAUAUACUACAGACUUCUGAAGAUAAAACCAUCAGAUUAUGGGACAGUCGGGGGCUGCAGGUAGCGCAUAUGUUUCCCACAAAGCAGCAUAUUCAGACCUACUGCGAGGUCAGUGAGGAUGGACACAAAUGUAUCUCCUGCAGCAACGGCUUUGGAGGGGAAGGCUGUGAAGCCACGUUGUGGGACCUACGGCAGACGCGGAAUAGAAUAUGUGAAUACAAGGGGCAUUUCCAGACUGUCACAUCCUGUGUCUUUCUACCAAGAGCAUUAGCCUUGAUGCCUACAGUUGCCACCUCAUCACAUGACUGCAAAGUGAAGAUUUGGAACCAAGAUACUGGAGCCUGCCUGUUCACCUUGUCCCUGGACGGAUCAGGACCUUUGACUUCCCUGGCUGUUGGUGACACCGUCUCCUUGCUGUGUGCGAGUUUCAGCCGAGGAAUUCACCUGCUGAGAGUGGACUACAGCCAAGGGCUGGCACUGCGGGAAGUGGCAGCAUUCUGAGGCCAAGAGACAUUCACUUUCAAACCGUG